AUGACGCUGAAUCCUGAACCUGUCUCUCGUGUACUUAUGAAGACUGUGAACCACAAUGUCUCAGGUACCCUAAAACAUCACCUUACUCCAUCACAACACACCCACAGCACUCGGCAGCACUCGCCACUGUUCCGCAUCACGUUGGAGGUACACUUACUUGGCGGUGGGAAACCAAACCUCCGGCAUGCCGCAGCUUCACUAUCGGAACUGUCAGAUGAAGAGGACGAUGAGGAAGACGAUGAGGAAGACGAGGAGGAGGACGAAGACGAAGAAGAAGACGAACAGCAGGAGGAGUCACUAUCGCUGUCGCUAUCACUAUCACAGCCUAAAUAA